AGAAAAGAUCAGAAAAAUCUUGAAGUUGCCGGACUCUUUUAUUUCCUCCUAUAUAUAACUCACUUCUCUUGCGUUCCAAAUCAGCAAACAUCUAAUAACAAUCGAAGCAAUCUCCGACUCUCAAAAGCUCUCUCAGUCAAGAAUGUCUCUUAUCCCAAGCAUUUUAGGCGGUCGACGAAGCAACGUCUUUGAUCCAUUCUCUUUUGACAUGUGGGAUCCCUUUGAAGGUUUCCCCCUUUCCAGCAAUUUGGCCAAUGUCCCCAGCUCGGCUCGCGAAACCUCUGCCUUCGCCAACGCUAGGAUUGAUUGGAAAGAAACUCCAGAAGCGCACGUUUUCAAAGCUGAUCUUCCGGGAUUGAAGAAGGAAGAGGUGAAGGUGGAGGUGGAAGAAGGCAAAGUGCUGCAGAUUAGCGGAGAGAGAAGCAAAGAGCAAGAAGAGAAGAAUGACCAGUGGCACCGUGUUGAAAGGAGCAGCGGCAAAUUCCUUAGGCGAUUUAGGUUGCCGGAGAAUGUCAAGAUGGAUCAGGUGAAGGCUAGUAUGGAAAAUGGUGUGCUCACCGUUACAGUUCCCAAAGAGGAAGUGAAGAAGCCUGAGGUCAAAGCCAUUGAGAUAUCUGGUUAAAUCUUUCUUUCCUUACACAUUGCAAGUUCUCUCCUCUGUUAUAGAUUCAUAAUGUAUAAUCUGUGUCUCUGUGAGCUAUGCUCCUUAUAAUGUAAUCUGGUUGGUGAUCGGGUGUCAAGUUUGUUUGUGAAAGAUGGUUGUAAUGUUACUAUAAUAACACUUCUUAUUUUAUUGUUGUAUCAAUUAAUUUGUCUAUCAUUCAAAUAUGAGAUUGCUUCGUGA